AUGAAGUUCUACCUCGCAACCUUGUGUCUAGCCCUCUCUCGUGUCGUUGAUGCGGCACCUGUUACAGAACGAGGACUGUUAUCGAGUAUCGAUGCCCUUGAUGACGUCCUCCUCUUCGACUCUCCUGCUUUCCAAGAUCCAACAAAUCCCGGGAAGACCCUCAUUGACGUUCAAUCAUAUGUAUUCCUAAAGCAAUUCGAUCUGGAUCCUCUUACCACUGUGAUCACCGAUGGACUUCAAAACCUUGGGAUUAAUGUUGGCGACCAGAUUGAUAGAGUCAUUGAAAGAACGAAACUUUUUGCCACCUUAGGCUUACCGGGAAAAGAGGUAAAGAUGACAGUUGAAGGGUGUGAGAAGGAAGCUACGCUUCCGAAGACCGGAUUUAAGGACCUUGGUGUGGUCACUGGCACUGUUUCAGUUGGAGAGUGUGGAGGUGGGAAUCAAUUCAAUGCAACGGUUGAAGGCGAUGACUUCACGCGCAGUGUGAAGAUAUUUCCAUCUCCUCCCGACGGAUUGGGUGUUAUAUCUGACAUUGACGACACUAUCAAGGUUUCGAAUGUCCUAGACAAACUCAAGCUUGCGAAAUCUACCCUUCUUGACGACCCAACACCGGUGGCCGGAAUGCCAGAGCUCUACAAAUCUUUGGCGACAUCGAUGAACCAACCUCAAUUCAUUUACAUUUCUGGAUCACCCUUCCAGUUGUACCCAUUCCUCCGAGACUUUGUGGACACUACCUACCCGCAAGGUCCUCUUUUCCUCCGUAAUCUCACCAUUACCGAUCUCGGGUUAUUGCUGGAUUCGUUCAGCGAGGACGCGAGCACCAAGUUGGAGUACAAGUUGUCACAGAUUGCUCGAGUGAAUGUAAUGUACCCCAAAAAGAGCUUCUUGUCGAUUGGCGAUUCCACCGAGAAGGAUCCGGAGAUUUAUGCCGCUGCGUUCAAGGCCCAUGGUGGCGACUUCAUCAGAUGUAUUUGGAUACAUCUCGUCGAUGGUGCCGAAAAUUCCGACGAGAGGUUCGCGGCUGCAUUCGACGGUGUCCCUCAAGAACGCAUAAGGCUGUUCGAUGAUUCGCAGAUAGCAGGUUUAGCUGACAUUGAUGUCGCUGGUGGCAAAUGCUAG